CGACGAAAUAUUCGGCUCAUUCUGUGCCAAUCGUUCCUCUGUUUCGGUCGUCGCGACGGUCGCGUCUCAGCGGACGAGAGAAGAAGAAAAAAUGCAGUAAAAAGUGGAAAAUUUAGACUCCUAGCGCUAGCGAACAAAGUGACGUGUGUUUCCGCUUCCGGUCGGGUUCCGCGCGUUCGGUGGCGUGAAAUUGCCGUGAAAAGUGCACUCGAAGAGGCUGCAAAUGGCGAUUUUCGCCACGGUCUAGAGUAGGCAGAGCCAGUUUUUCUUUGGGGCUUUUUUAAAAAGAAAAAAGAAGGAAAGAGAAGAAGAAAUUUUGGUCUUACUCCCGCACUCAUACUCUGACGGGGAAAUUCUCACGCAACAGAGUCGCGCGGAGAAGGUGUUAUUUGUCUGUGGGUGUGUUUGUGUAUGUUUUGGGAUACGGUGGUGGUGUUGGUGCCCAUACUGGAUAACGUCGCAAAGGUGUACGAGCGGAAAGUGUUGUGUGGGUAUUUUGUGAUGAUUACUCUCCCAUUCUCUCACGGCUACACGAAGAUCACAUUCAGAGCUGUCACGCAAACCAGUCAAUCAUAAGUCAAGUGUGUAAAAUUUAUUUAUGUGUGUAUGAGUAAAUAUACAGGAGAAUGAAUGAAAACGAUCUCGGGGAUUGGAGCUGAGUUUUUGGUCAACUGAAAGACUGCCCAGUUCGUCAAAAGUGUAGAACCCCGGUUUUUCUCGCAAUUUUAAUUCGAAGGAAAACUCAAGUUGCUCGGGAUGUCCCUGAAGUGCAAACGGAUUAACGACGGUGCGGGUGUGAUCAGCACGCGCGAAAAAAGUGGCGAAUCCGCGGCGGGAUCUUUCUAGAACAACAAAGAAGAGCAAACCUUAUCAGCGCCCAAAUAAUAUGCACGUAUCAACAACCCAGUCCCCGCAGCAAACCAACAGCACAAGUAGCAGCAGCAGCAGCAGAACCAGCAGGUCCGGCAGUCCGUUCCGUGGACAGUCCAGUUCGGAGUUUCGGGAGCAACCAAAUGUCGGCGGGAGGCCAUCCGGCGAUGACCAGCGACAUCUCCAGCCACAGCCGCAGCAGCAGCAUCCCGGCGCAGUCGUAACUACAGAAUGUGAUACCGAAGCCGAGAUUCCGGCCUCUGUAAUCAGCAGCGUUGGCACGGUUAACUACCGGCAGACGACGGCCAGCAGCAGCGCGGUCCAGCAGCUGUACCUGCUGCACCACCGCCAGCGCCCGGACGCUAUGAUAUCCCAGGAAGCAGCGGCAACGCCAACCACAACGACGACGACGGGCGCCGGCUCGAUGGGGGCGGCCACCGCGGCCAACGGCAACAGCAGUACAAAUCCCCAACCUCCGCGGCAGCAUCCCAAAAAGCGAAAGUUCGACCUGGCCGAACUCGAGGAGAUGGAAUCGCACCGAGGCAGCGUCGGGGCGCCCCCUCUGCCCGUGGACACCGGCGGUGGAGGAGGAGACGGAGGCGGGGAAGGCGGUCUCAUCAUCAACGGAAACAGUGAGACUAUCAACGCUGGCGAAGGUCCGGCGGCGGCUGACGGCAACAACGGCACUACGAGGUCAUCCCACCAGCAACUUGGGUACAGCAUAGCUGGGGUUCAGGGCAUGCAGCAAACGCAACAGCACCGGCAAGUCUUUCUCACCGCUGACGUUGGACGACUUCAGCAGCAGCAGCAGCAGCAGCAACAAACGGUCAGGAUACAGCAGCAAACGGUCGACGGGUACUUCACGAACAAGAAGAUCUACGCGAGCAGUUCGUACGGCUCCCCGGUCAACAGCUACAAACCUGCUGCCACGCCACCGUCUUCGUUGGCGCCAACGACCACGGUGGGCUCUCCGGCGGCGGCGGCAUCUACCAGCAACGUCCACCACGGUUCGUCCAGCAGUAGCACACCGCCCCACCAGCUGGCCGGAACGCCACCGGUGGCGGAACCCAGCACCAGUACGCCCCCGUCGUCUUCUUCGUUGUCCUCGAGUGCGGCCCCGUCCAGCUUGAUCGACCUGAGCGACUGGUCCAACAGCUACCGGGUGCUGGCCAAGCGGAAAGACUACUACGAGUCCGGGGUGAUUCGGUCCAGCUCGUCGUCGAACACGGUCACGGUGCAGUUCGACUAUCCCGAGGGCAGCACGCAGACGUACGGGGAUGUGUUUGGCGCGGGUCGCUACGACAUCAUCGACGACGCGUGUCCCUCGGCUUCGGACGUGGUGGCCGGCUGUCGGGUUUGCAUCCGGGCCCAAACCGUGCCGCCACAUCCGGCUGGGAACGUGUACGUCGAGGCCGUCGUCAAGGAGGUCCAGAACAACACGAAGCAGUUCUCGGUGCAGCUGAUCGGGCCGGCUGCGGCCACGGCCAGCGGUGGCGGGGGACCGCAGGAGAUUAAGCUCGUGAAACGAGUCGACAUUCGUCUGCUGAAGCCACCUUGGUGGGACGAAUUGGAAGAAAUGGUGGCGGCGGUCGAGGGGGCACGCAAACAACAGCAACAACAGCAGCAAGUCCCAGUGAACAACAAAUCCAGUCCGGUAACGACGUCGUUUCACCACAAUACUGAUCCGGGAGUGACGCAGCAACAGCAGCAACCUGCCACCAUCAUGUACGGCAGCCAGCCGCAGUACAAGACCAUCAGCAUUACGCAAGGUCGUGGCAUCGCAACGGCUACGAGCGCCGGAUCCCGUUACGAUCCCAGCAAUCAGCAAUCCCACGUGCCAUUACAAAUGUAUCAGAUCCUUCCGACGUUGCACACCAACGAGGAACACUACCGAACGGCCGCCACUUCGCCCUUUCAAACCGACGGCCAAUCCGGCGCUACGACCGCGAAUCCCUACCAGAAUCCGCACCAUCUCUCCCAGCAACAGCCACAUCAGGAGCAGCUGACGACCAGCACAGUAUUAACCGCCGGCAGUCCGCACGACUUGGGAGCAUCCGGUGGGGCGAACCGACCUUCGUACUACGACUACGAAAGUGACGACGAGUUGCGACGGGAGGACAUUAGUUUUCCGAUUGACGGCGAAAACGAAAAAUACUCAGGCAGCAGCAAGCGCAGCAGCAUGCAGAGCCGCGGCAGCACGUCCAGCCUGCUGGACCAGCGCAGCACACCCCGAUCUCAGCCGGCCACGCCCCGAUCUCAGGCGGCCACGCCGCACCGCUUCAAGAAGGGCGACGUCGUGUCCACGCCCAGUGGCAUCCGGAAAAAGUUCAACGGCAAGCAGUGGCGCCGGCUGUGCUCGAACGAAACCUGCUCGAAAGAAUCUCAGCGGCGCGGCUACUGCUCGCGCCAUCUCAGCCAAAAGGGCAACGCGCUGCGCUCCUCGACCGGCUCCACCGCGAACCACUUCAACAGCAGUCGGUCCAGCAGCAAGACCCAGCUCGACGAGGACACCUCGCGGGACUCGGAAACGUCGCCCAACUAUCGGGUGGCGGGACGGUUUGACCAGGAGGAGACCGACGUGGCCAACAUGCUAGUGUCGCUCAGCAGUUCGCGCUCGGCCACCCCGUGCAACUCGUUCUCGUCGCCGACGGGACACGCCUCGUCCCCGUUGGCCCUGGCCAGCACCACCCAAUCGCCGGUGACGAUCGGCAACCGGCAGAACGUGUUCAUGCCUAUUGGUAGUCCUGCGGCCCCGUCCUCGUCGGAACCCCACGGCGGCGGCGGCGGAGGAAAGUUCAAAACUAACACGCCCAGUCCAAACAUCUACGGGGGUGGUGGCCUGCAAGGUCAAGGAAUGGGAGGUGUUGGUCCAGGGAUGGGCAUGGUAGUCGGUGGUCAACAGCCUCCACUGAUCCGACCGGAACUGCUCAGGCCAGCCCAGCCUCCACCACACCAGCCGAUUGUGUCGUUGCCUCCGACUGGCCACGCCACCAGCGUGAUUCGGAUAUCACCGGCCUCGGCGUCGGCUUCGCAGCAGCAGCAGCAGCAUCCGGCGGGGUUGUACGCGACCUUUCCGAGCCAACAGCAGGUAAUUGUCGAUCCGGGGCUGCAACAGGUUCGAUCUCAACCCCAGCAAACGAUCCACAUUCAGCAAUCGUCGAUUGUGCAGCAGCAGCAGAACCAGCAACAACAACCAGUGACCGUGCCAAAAAACGGCAUUAGCACGGGUUCGAUCUUUCAAUGGCAUACUCUACUUCCGAUAAUCCACGCGCCGGCCUCGAAGGCGUACGUCCACCAUCACCAGCAGCAGCACCACCAGUCGGGCGGCUAUCCGCCGGCCUCGCAGCAGCUGCAGGUAGCGGCAACGGCGGCCACGACCACGAUUAUUGCGUCGCCGACGGUCAAGAUGUGCACGCCGCCACCGUCGGAACCGUCGGCCGCCGGCGAUGACGAGUGCGACGACGACCAGGGAGAUGAUGAUGUCUUUGAAGCAGAGCCCGUGAAAACCAACGCCAGCAACACAAACUACAGCAACCAAACCAACAACAACACGACAUUUCAGGGCUCCGGAUCCGGAGGCCAGCUGCUCCGCGGGAUGGACAUCGAGGCCGGCUCGGGGACAUUCCCACCUCAGAAUCUAGGUGGCGGUACGGCCAGCAGCAAAGCCGAGGCCGAUUCGCUGGUCAAGCGAAGAACUCAGUCCUGCAGUGCGGCGCUGCAAGCGGCCAACAGUGCGGCCGCCGGAGGAGGAGGAGGAGGAGGAGGAGGAGCAGGUUCCAAGGAUAGCCAACCCCCGCCAAGUCCGCUGAACAAAAAGGACGCCAAAAUUCGACGACCCAUGAACGCGUUCAUGAUCUUCUCGAAGCGGCACCGAGCGCUGGUCCACCAGAAGCAUCCGAACCAGGACAACCGAACGGUCAGCAAGAUCCUCGGCGAGUGGUGGUACGCCCUCAAGCCGGAAGAGAAAACCAAAUACCACGAACUGGCCAGCGAGGUCAAGGAGGCCCACUUCAAGGCGCAUCCCGAGUGGAAAUGGUGCUCCAAAGAUCGUCGCAAAUCGUCCUCCUCCGCAAAGGACGGCCGCGGCCGAAUGGACUCUUUCGAUGGCAACGAUUCGUUCGACGAAAAGAGUCCCACCACCCCCUCGGAACAUCAACCCUCAUCCCAAACCGUCCCAACAACCCCCAACCAACAGCAACCCCCCUCAGACAACAUUCCCAUCACGGUCGCCCCCUACAACACGGUUCGCCCGGCGGCGGCGGCCGCUCCCGAAGCCGAAGACGCCACCAUGUCCGACGACGAGCAGCAGAUGGUCAUCGCGGAAGAUUCCUCGUCCGGACUGCCCAACGGCCUCCUUCCCCCGAUCGCCGAAACCGUCGAAAUCGAUCUAAAGUGCGCCGAAAAGGUGACCGCCUCGGACUCGGACGUGGACGUGGCCGACACCGACGCCGCGGACUACAAAAUCAAGGUUUCAGACUCACUGGUUUCAUCGGCCCAGCAGCAGCAGAAUGUCCCCACGGACUACUCCAAGACGGCGAGCAAUGGGUCGUCCGCGCCGGGAACGCCGUCGGAUCCGCUCACGUGCAAGCCGAAACCGAUCAAGGUGGCGUUGUUGCCGCCGCCGGUUUCACACCAGCAGCAGCAGCAACAGCAGGCGGGAGGUGGUGCAGGGGCUGGAGGUAACGGUGGGGGAGGAGUAGGGGGAGCGGGUGGGCACCAGGAUGGGGCGCACCACGGAUAUUCCCAUCAUCACCACCAUCAUCAUCACUCUGCUCAGCUCAGCUACUCGUACGGAAGUCCCAAGAAUCCGAUCGGGGUGUCGCCGUUUCAGCCGACGGGUGGUGCCUUCAAGACGAUGCCCCAGAGCCCGAAAACGAUCGCCAAGCAGCAGCAACAGCAGGACCAGUACCAGGGCGUUUCGACUCCGACCGCCAUCAAGUCGGAACCGACGGACAACAUGUGCAAUAACAACAACAACAACGGCAAGAUGGUCACCACGAACGGUGGUGGUAACAUUUUCAACUUUUCAACCGCCUCGAUCAAGGAGCACCAAAGUCAGCAGCAGCAGCAGCCGCCUCCACCUCAGUCGCAAUGUAAAUCGAUUAGUUUGAACCCGAUCUGUUACACGAUCGCGAACGUAAACGGUACUAACGGUGCUAACUCUACUAACACCAACAACAUUAACAUUAGCUGUACAAGCAAUGCUAACAACGGCAAUAACAACAACAACAACAACAACAACACUAUUGUGAUGAGCAUGAAACAAGUUGUGCCGUCACCGUCGGCAAUGGGACUUCAGCAGCAGCAGCAGCAACAGCACCACCACCAACAGCAGCAAUUCUCCGCGGAGAAUGGAGGAGGGCAGCAGCAAGCAAUACUGACGCCGAACCAGCUGCUGGCUGCGGCCGCCGGACGGCAAAAGUUUAUGUUUGCCGUCAACGCCAACAACUCGCAGUUUGCAUUCGUCCUACCCGACAGCCAGCAAUACGCCCUGAGCGAUCGCUCAAAACUCUACGCUUCCCCGUCCACCUCCCUGUCGUCGUCGUCGUCCUCGUCCGCCUCCCUAACCCCAUCUUCCCAAACUUCCUCCUCGUCCUCCACCUCCUCCUCUUCAACUUCUUCCACCGUGCCAGGAUUAUCAGCUUCAACCGCUUACGCACUAACCACGCAGGGUCAGCAGCAGCAGCAACAGCAACAGCACAUGAAGCAAGCCAUAUCAUCAAGUACAACCUCCACCACAACCAACACACUCCAACCAGUACAAUAUUUGAUACAAGGAAAGAUACCGAACCUUCUCAUCUCAACCGCCGCCAACACUACACAGGGCUAUCACCACCAGCAGCAGCAACAGCAGCAACCCCAGCAGCAGCUGAUCAGCAUCAAGCAGGAACCACCGGAAUCGCCGGGAGGUCCCGGCGGAGGCAGUGGAGGCCGCAAUCUUCCCGUCACGCCCAACUCGUGCUCCUCCAGCGCUCCUGUGGCAGCCGUCCCGCCACCCUCGGCUGACCAGCCCGUCCCGGCGGCCUCCGACGAGACCGACGACGACUUUGACCAGGCGCCCGAGAGCAAAAAGUUCAUCCUGGCCCCGACUCCGGCCCAGCUCGGUCGUGCCCCACUGCAGCGGCGCCAAAUGAGCACCAACAGCAACGGCGCCGGCGAAUGCGCCUCGUCGCCCACGGGCAGUGUCGGAUCGGACGGCAGCAACCACGGUGGUGGCAACCCGCCGCUCUCGGCCACGCAGAUGCCACCGUCGGCCCUGCCGACGCCCACGUCCGCCUUCCUGGACGACUUCCAGAGCCCGCAGAUCUCGCCGACCACCAAGACCAAGAACUUUUUCAAAAAGGUCAAACCGGACGACAUGGACAACGUGCUCCGAACGGUGGACUUUGAGAAAAAGUUCAAAACGUUGCCCCAGUUCAAACCGGAAGAGUGCCAAUCGCCCAGUGCAAUCUCAGUGCCAUCGUCGCCGCGGGUCUUUACCCAAAACUACCGCAAGAAGCAGCAGCAGCAGCAGCAAUCGCAACAACAGCAACAGCAUCAGCAGCAGCAGCAACAACAGCAGCUUAAAACACCUAUCGAGGAUGAUCAUCACCACCACCAGCAACAUCAGCAACAACAACAACAUCAGCAUCAGCAACAAUCCCAACAACAGCACCAACAUCAGCAGCAGCAGCAGCAACAACAACAACAGCAACACGCUCCCCCUCUCCCACCGCCCCCGCUCACCUCGGACAGCAGUGCGCCGCUGUCCUCGACGGCCACUCCGUCCAGCUCGUACAUCAUCGGCAACCGGUUCUUCGGGCCGGACUUUAACAUGGAACAGUACAAAGGUUUCUUCUCCGUUGUAGAAAUGGCCGCCGACAGUGCGGACCGGUCCCCGCGGACGCCCAAAACGCCGUCGGCCCGGUCGGUCAACUCGGCCGAGGAGAAGGGCCACCGGAAGAUCCUCGAGCACCGGCGCAACCUGGUGAUGCAGCUGUUCCAGGAGCACGGCAUGUUCCCGUCCUCCCAGGCCACCAACAACUUCCAGCUCGCCCACAGUGACAUCUUCCAGAACAAGCAGCAGCUGCAGCUGAAGAUCCGCGAGGUCCGCCAAAAGUACAUGGCCCAGCCGCCCGGAUUCACGCCGCACUCUGCGGGGCCGAUGACGCCGACCGAUCACCUCGGGGCCGCAACUCCAUCCGAUCCAUCUCAACAGUCACUGCAAAACAUUCAACAACAGCAGCAGCAGCAACAGCAAGAUUAAAUUGCACCACAUUUUGCAAAGCAUUUUUAAAUUGACCGCCCAAAACUCGAACGCAUUGGAAUUAUUUGCCGAUUGCAUUGAAUUCAAACGAAAUUUAACGAAACAUAAACAAACGCAACACCCGAUUAAGCCGGGCAUUCACGGCUCAACAGCCGAAACACACACACAAUAGAUUUAUACUACAGUACUAACCACUACUACUCAAUAGUCCCUAAAGCGGAAAUACACAACAAUUGGAAACUAAGCAUAAACAACCAAUACAUUUACGCACCAUAAAAAAAAAACAAACAAGAUAAAUAGCACAGUUUCGUACUAAACAAUAUGUUUUUCAAAUAAAGCAGCAAAAAACUACAUAAACAAAUAGCCAAAACAAACAUAAAACGGAAUAGUUUAAAAAAAUCAAAACCCGCAAAACAAGCCACGCCCACAAAGCUCCGCCCCAGCGUCGAAAUCGUUUCCUGCGCCCCGCCCCCUUCCUAGAAGCCAAACAGACCUUCGUCCUCACCACACCCGCGUGCCCUGCAUUGGAUCACACACUAACACAAACACAAACAACAACUCUCCUCGUGGAGGAGUCCCAUCCGAACGUGUAAUCAGUUGGAAGAAGCAGAAGAAGAAGAAGAAGAAAACCAGUCUCUUAAAUUAAAAAUUUAGAGGUUAAAGAAGCGUAACGUGAAAUUUAUUAAGAUCCAUUUCGCGACGGCUCGCGGAAUGGCUUCUAGUGAUCUUAGUUGGUAAGUUUCAGUGAAUAUAUAACAAAAUCGAUGUGAAAGUAAGAAGAGGAAGAAGAAAAAAAAGCAAAUCAUUUAAAUGCAUAAACACACAGCAAACAAAACAAGUUUGAGGAGAAAGUUGUAAAAGAGAGAGAGAUAGUGUUUAAGCAGAAGAUGAGAAAUAUUACAACAAGUUGUACAUACUAUGGCAAGUUAAUUAAUUAAAUAAAAAAUGUCUUUGAAAGAGAUAGAAUUAAAAUUAGUAGAAAGUACAAGAAUUUAUUAACAAAUUUUACUGUGAGUUGUAGUAGUGGAAAAAACCAAACAUUGAAAACACACACAUACACACACACCCGCAAACAAUCACAAUCUCCCCUACUAGUGUCGCGCGCUGUGCAAAAGUUGCCAAUUAGCUCCCAUUUUCUCCUAACAUCCCUCAACCAAUCAUGAUAAUUCUCUCUAAUUCUCAUCUCUCAACUCUCACACAUACACAGUAACAGGGUUUCUAAGCACUCAAGGAAGAGAACCUUCUUUUGAUUCCCCUCUUGUUAGUAGAACAAAGGUAAAGUCAGUCGCUUCUUUCCUGUCCGCAGGAAUUGUUCGAAUGUGGAUUUUUUUUAAUAAAAUUGUUAUGUUCUGGGCUUUUUUUUAUUAGGUCCUAUAAACAUAUAAAACAGAAUAGUUUGAAGGACGUUUAAAAAAAAACUCUGAAAUUUUAUUACUCUUAAUUUUCAGAGAUUUGUAUAAUUUCAAACAUCUUAAUUUAACAUUUUUUUAUUUUCUUUUGUAUUUACAACAAUAUUGAAGAAUUCAACAUCCAAAUAUGCUACAUUUUUAGUUUCAAAAUUCAUAAAUUAAUAUAACAUAUGAAUUUCAAAAAAAUAAAAAAGCGUUCAAAAUUCAAAAAAACUGGAUUCCAAAUUUUAAAAAUCUUAAAUUUGAAACAAUUAACACUAACAAUUUUAAAUUAAGCAUCUUUAAUAUUUGAGAUCUUUGAAACUUUAAACAUUUGAAUUCCAUUUUUUUUAUUCGAUCGUUGUGAAAGUAUGUUUUAACGUGACGUUAAAUGUUCAAAAAUACUAGAUUUCAAAUUUGAAAAUUCUGAAAGUAAAUUAAUUCAAAAAUUAACAGUGAGCAUUGAAACAUUACGUUGAAACUAAAAAAAUCUUCUUCAAAUUAAAAAAAAAAAUACGAAAGCAAAAACUUUAAAAAAUAAAUAGGAUUUUGAAUAACA